AUGGCAAUAGGAGGUGAUGGCCCGUGGGCCAUAGCGGUCAUGUGGAUCAUGGCCGCACUUACUGGACUCUGCGUCGGUCUACGACUAUACGUUCGUACUAUUGUUGUGGCGAAUACGGGUUAUGAUGAUCAUGUUUAUGUUGUUGCAUUUGUAUUACUCAUCGGCUACACAAUCUGCUGCUCCAUAGCGGCGCACUACGGCUUCGGGCAAAACAUGUGGGAUAUCCCGCUGGAGAACCUCCCCGGAGCCAUUAUGUGGGAGGCCAUCGGGCAGUGCUUUGCUGUCAUCGGCAUGGCGCUGGCAAAAUGGUCGCUGGGACUCUUCCUGCUGCGCCUGGUCAACCAGUCUUGGCACAAGAUUAGCAUCUGGCUGGUGAUGGGAGCCCUCAUGUGCGCUUCGGUCUCCGUCUGCUUCGUCUUUAUGCUCCAGUGCUCGCCGCCGGCAUAUCUCUGGGAUCGGUCGAUCCCCGGAGGGCAUUGUGAUUUGAAUGCCACGCCGGUUUCUUUGACGCUUACUAUCCUCUGCAUUAUCGCCGAUUUCUUUUUCGCUCUGAUGCCCUGGAUCUUCCUCUGGGAACUCAAGAUGAACCAGCGAGAGAAGAUGAUUAUCGCCAUUAGCAUGAGUCUAGGUGUCAUCGCAGGAGCGUGCGGCAUCAAGCGUACCCUAGAGGUCCCCAACCUCUCCACAAACAAUUACUCCCGCGACACCGUCGGCCUGAUCGUCUGGUCCUCCGCGGAAAUCGCCAUCACAAUGAUCUGCAUCGGCAUCCCGGUCUGUCGACCUUUAUACAAGUCCUUCUUCGACAAGAUCCUGUCCCGCUCCGGCGGCACCAGCGGGUAUCAGAAGCAAAGUGGGCCCGGGUUUAGCAAGAACAGCCGUGCAGAUGCCGGGGCGGGACUCGGGUUGAGGACUAUUGGUGGCGGGUUGAUAGCUGGACGCUCUGGACCAGGUGGUGGUGGCUGGUGGGAGUGGAAAUAA